GGGGUUACAAUUUCAUACCCUUUUUUUUUUCCUGGCUUAGAGGGAGAAAGAGGAGAGAGAGGAGAGAGAAACCCUUGCAUAAACAUAAUCUUGCGGCCCUUUCCAUUUCUUCCCUGGCCUGGUCUUUCCAUCGGGGGGGUUUCACGAUUCAUCACCUGCAACAGUCAAUCCAUCCAUACCCCCUCUCUCUCUCUAGCUGGGGUUUUGAUUGGUACUAGGUGAAGUUGGGUUUUGGGGUAUCAUCAAAAUCGGAUAGAUUGAGUUAGAGAGAGAGAGAAAGGUUCAGAGGACAGAGGGAGUGAGAGGAGGGAGGGAGUGCAUAUCGGGUUCAGGGAGAGAAAAUGGCUGGGAGCUUGAGCGAGGAUAAUGGGUCGGAUUCGAUCUCUGUUCGAUGCCAAUCAGGUGAUUCGGAAUGGAGAUCUUGUGAACAGGUCGAGAAUGGAACGCCAUCGACUUCCCCUGCCUACUGGGACAUUGAUGAUAUGGAGGACACCGGUCCCAAGCCAUCACAAUUAUAUGGAAAGUUCACAUGGAAGAUAGAAAACUUCUCACAAAUCAGCAAAAGAGAACUCCGAAGUAAUGCAUUUGAGGUUGGCGGGUUCAAAUGGUAUAUUCUAGUGUAUCCCCAAGGCUGUGACGUGUGCAACCAUCUCUCUCUAUUUCUCUGCGUUGCUAAUUAUGACAAGCUUUAUCCAGGAUGGAGUCAUUUUGCACAAUUUACAAUCGCUGUGGUGAAUAAAGAUCCAAAGAAGUCCAAGUACUCAGAUACGCUGCAUCGCUUCUGGAAGAAAGAACAUGAUUGGGGAUGGAAGAAAUUUAUGGAGUUAUCAAAAGUGUUGGAUGGGUUUAUUGUUGGAGACACUCUAGUGAUCAAAGCGCAAGUUCAGGUGAUAAGGGAGAAAUCAAAUCGUCUGUUUCGUUGUCUUGAUAGCCAAUAUAGGCGAGAACUUGUUCGUGUAUAUCUGACAAAUGUAGAAGGUAUAUGCCGACGUUUUGUUGAGGAGAGGCGGGGCAAGCUUGGGAAGUUGAUUGAGGAUGAAAUGAGGUGGUCAAGCUUUCGUGCCUUUUGGUUGGGAGUUGACCAAAAUGCUAGGCGCCGAAUGUCAAGAGAGAAAGCAGAUGUAAUCUUGAAAAUAGUUGUGAAACACUUCUUCAUAGAGAAGGAGGUCACUUCUACCCUGGUAAUGGAUUCUCUGUACAGUGGUCUAUUGGCUCUUGAAGACCAGAGUAAGAAUAAGAAGGGUUGGACAAAAUUGGUGGAGCUUGAAGAGACACCAUCCCCAAUAGUUCAUAAAGAGAAAGAUAUGUUUGUUUUGGCUGAUGAUGUGCUCAUUCUCCUUGAGAGAGUUGCUACAGAGCCAUUGCCUCCAUCAAGAGAUGACAAGGGUCCCCAAAAUCGUACUAAAGAAGGAAAUUCUGGAGAGGACUUCAACAAAGAUUCUAUUGAGCGUGAUGAAAGGCGUCUUACCGAGCUUGGAAGGAGGACAGUGGAAAUCUUUGUCCUAGCUCAUAUUUUUAGCCAUAGGAUUGAAGUUGCUUACCAGGAAGCUGUUGCUUUGAUGAGGCAAGAGGAACUCAUUCGUGAGGAAGAGGCAGCGGGGCAAGCUGAAAUUGAGCACAAGGCAAAGCGUGGAGCUGAAAAAGAAAAACGAUCAAAGAAAAAACAGAGCAAACAGCGGCGGAGCAGUGGCAAAGGCAAGGAUAGAGGAAGAGAAGAGAGGUCCGAUGUGGUUGUGCAAGAUAAACAUAAGAGAGGAAAAAGCCCUCAUGAUGAAAGCUCGGAGGACUUGUCCCUGAAGCAGGUGCAGUCUAUCCUUGAAAAAUCUAACCUCCUGGAAGGGGAAGCCUCUGGUGUGUCAGACACAGGGGAUGAUGUGUCUGGUCCCCUUGGACCUGAUAUGGAAGAUGGAGAUGCUGGUCCAGUCAAUUGGGACACCGAUACAUCAGAGAUGCACAAUGCUGCUGAAUCCUGUUGUAGUAGUAUCAGCUGCCCACCCACCCAAAAUGGACAAAAUGGGAAGAAGAACCGAUCUGCGAUGGAUGAUAGCUCCUCCACAUGUUCUACUGACUCAAUCCCAUCUGUCGUUUCGAAUGGACCAUAUAAGGGAAAUUCAUUGCAGCAACCCAAGAGCCAAACAUCACCUAAGAGGUCAUCGGAUGUUGCUCGUGGUGGCAAUGGUAGGGGUAGUGGGCCAAAAUCAGAAGCUUCUCUUCCUUCUUUUAAGGAUCGUUCAAACGGGCCUGAGCAAAGUCUACCUGAUAAGGAAGAAGCUGAACUUUCACGAAGUAAGCAGAAUGUCAAGAACCGAGUUGAUGUUGACAUGGACAGGCCCUCGAAGCAACUGCAGAGAGCUGAAGAAUCAUCAACCCCCCAUGAGGCCCCAACUUCAAACACACAUGACACAAGGAUGAGCACCACUCAGCCAAAGGAAGCCAUUGCCACAGUUAGCUCUUCGAUGACUGAAUCGGUCGCGGUCAGAGACUUCAUUGGUAACACCGCACCAACUCAACAACUGGUCUCUAAGAAACCAACCAAGGUGUCCCCUUCUGCAUCUUCUGCUUCCCCAUCAAACUUUCCUGUUGCUGGGUCCCACACAUUAGCCUCCUCAUCAUUGUCAAGGCCUUUGAGUGCCCCUUUAAUCCCAGGUCCAAGACCAACCACCACCACCACCCCCCCCCCUCCAGUUUCCUCUCUGGUUCAAAGUGUACCCCCAUUGUCUCGCUCGGUUAGUGCAUCUGGACGCUUGGGCAUGGCCUUUGAGCCCCCAUCAUGUAGUAGCACCAACACACUACCCCUUCCCAACUCAUACCGUAAUGCUAUUAUGGGAAAAGCUAGAACUACUGGUAGUGGUGUCUUCCCUCCACCUAUUUUCCCAUCCCCAUCAUACCCAUCUAACAUGCAUUAUACCAAUAAUGCCCAUGCCCAUGCCAAUGCCAAUGCCAACGCCUCUUUAAAGGAGCAGCCUUCGCAAAGCGUUGUGGGGUCCACACCAGGGUUCACCUUUGGGACGGUCACACCUGAGUUGCUAUUACAUGAAAGUAACCCUUCAGUUCCUCCUCGAUUGCAACAAGAGGAUGGAGGUGGCAUGUAUGUGAUGGAACCCCCAUCCAUCACCCAUAUGUUCGCCCAUGCCCAUGGUCAUGGCCAUGGCCAUGCACGAGGGAUGGGACCCAUGCAAGAGCAUCAGCACUAUGGGGAUGAGAGGCUAUCAUUGGGGCCCACAACUUCCUCCUCAGCUGAUGACUUCCCUCAUCUUGAUAUCAUCAAUUCGCUUCUCGAUGAGGAGUAUAACAUGAACAAGGUGGCUGCUGUGAGUGCCAUAUUGCAGCGACCAAGCAAUAAUAGUGCACAAACCGUGAAUCGGCAGCUAUCAGAGCUUCAUCAGACAGGUAGUUUGAUGGGGAGCAUGGAUAUGGCGGGCCCGUCCUCUCUCAACUAUUGUGGUUUUGAGAGGAGGUUCUUGGACCAAGGGAUCAUGCACCGUAGUGCUUAUGACCCAUUGAAUAUGUUGAUGGGUGGUGAGAGUGAUGGGCAUCAUCAAGGAGCAUACAUGCUCCGUUCCUUCAGCCAGCCGGAUAGACUAGGGCAUCAAUGGGGGGCUGUGGAUAAUCAUCAUCAUCACAAUCAGCUUCAUCAGCUCUCUUCUACUAUGACUAUGGAUUUGGAUGGUUAUCACCCCUUCUCCUCAUCUAUCGAUGAUUACGCUACUUUGAGUUGUGGGUACUCGAUGUACCGGCCGCCUGAGCAUUGAUGCGAAUCCUGACCGUCCAUUCAAGUUAUUGGUGAUGGUUGGUUUUUUCUUCUUGAUAUUUAAUAAUGUAUUUUGAGGAGGCUUGGCUUUCUCUCUGUGCUUUAAAGAGUGAGGUGUAAUCCUGGUUCUCACAACAACAAAGGGCAAAAAGAGAGAAAAAGGAAAAGGAACACAUUUUAUAGAGUGAGUGUGCUGUUAUCUUGGCCAGCCCUCUUUAAUUGCGCUUUUAUUUCCCUUUCUAAUUGGCUUUUAUUUCUUUGUUUCCCCCCUUUGUUCUAUUAUAAUUUAGGUAAUUUCUCA